UGAUCAGGGGCAAGUAACUCGUGGGUCACCUGCUUUUGAGGGAUACCAUCUAGUCAUAACCUGCAUGAUAUGUUCAUCGUAGGUAGGCCUAUUCCUUGUUUCGCUUUUGCUUCUGAGAAGCGUAUAGCACGUGCGCACGAGCUCUCAAUUUUAACUUAUUUGUCAUUCACUGAUUUGUGGCGACAUCGAAUAGAGGGAUAGAGGGACAACAGUCGAUAGAAAAUGGGAUAGACAGUGGACGAUUUCAGAGAGCAAUGUCGUCAAAAGUAAAGUACCAUGCAUACAGACGAAACACCCUUUUGGAAGAGCUACAAAGCAUACUGCACGAAUAUCCUGAUAAUGAACAAAUCAUCAAGGAGUUGCUGCAAAAUGCAGAAGAUGCAGGUGCUCGUGUGGUUAAAAUGGGAUUUUGUCCCACCUCCAAAUCUGACUAUCUGCCUGAUGCAUACAGGAAGUAUUUAUCGGGCCCUGCUCUGUGCUUCUACAAUGACUCAAUAUUUGAGGAGGAAGACUGGGAUGGAAUUACAAUGGUCAGAAAGAGCAACAAACAAGACAAUCCACUCAAAGUCGGAAAAUUUGGAAUUGGAUUCAAAUCCGUGUUUCAUGUAACAGAUACUGUGUGCGUUAUUAGUGGAAGAACAAUUUUGUUCAUCGACCCAUUAUGUGAACUUCAAGAUCCUCAAAAGGUUUGUUGUUUUGUACAAAUAGCAGAUUAUGUGCACCAAGAUGUUUGUGGUCCAAGAGGACUUGAGCCUUUAUUUGACCUGUUUGGAAUUAGCGAAGAAACAGUCAGAAGUGGGGAAUUCAAAGGGACUUUAUUCUGGUUUCCCCUUCGGAACUCACCAUCAGAAUUGUCAGAAAAUGUAUAUACACUUGAAAAAAUUGCAGAUCUUUUGAAGUCUUUCAAAGAAGAAAUUGGUUCUGAACUGUUGUUUUUGACUUCUGUUGAAAAUAUUGGAGUUUACAAAAUUAACAAUGGUAACUGUGAAACUGAGUAUUCAGUUGCAUUAGAUGGUAGUUGCACUGAGAAAGCCAGAAAAGACAGGGAUCUGUACAAAACAAAAAUCAGAGACAUUGAGGAAAAAAUGUCUGAUGAUGAUAAUUGGAUUUUUCAUUGUGCCCCAGUCUGGAUGAAAAGUUUAGUUACAUACCAAGUCAAAAUGGAUGAAAUGGAAACAAGUCAAAAAUGGCUGAUAAUCCAGAAUUUCCACACCGGAAGCAUGAACAACGAAUUGUCAAGCCUUAUCAGAAAUCGGAGGUCAAAGUACAGGCCAUACAUUGGAAUUGCUGCUAGACUUGAUGAGGCUAUUCAAUCUGGUCAAAUAUUUUGCUUCCUGCCACUGCCUUUCGAAAAUGAAAGUUCCACUGGAUUGCCUGUUCACAUUAAUGGAUAUUUUGCUCUAGACAGUAACAGACAACAUUUGAAGUGGCCAUCUCAAGACCAGGUAGUUAGCCAAUCACAUCUAGAAAAUGAUAUGCUGUGGAAUUUAUUGAUGGUUCAAGAAAUCUUGCCGAUUGUUUACAAAGAGUUUUUGAAGGCAUGGCAAGAUGAUUCACUAGGCACAGAGUUAACCGAAAAUUAUCUAGAGAUGUUUUAUCAUCAUAUCCCAAGAAUGUCAGCUGUGAAGAACCACUGGGCAUGUGUGGGGACUGAAGUACACAACCAUGUUCUACAGUCAGAAAUACCAUGCUUGCACAAAGGACAAUGGAUCAAAAGUCAAGAAGCUUAUUAUUGUGUUUUCUCAAAAAGCACACCUGAGGAUGUGACGAAUACUGUCACUGACCUCUUCCAGAGAUGCAUUGAUAAAGUUAUUAUCCUUCAGGAACAUGAGGACCUCUUCCAUUUCUGGAGAAACCAAUUCCCAAACAUGAAAUGUACAGACCCAAAAGAAACUAGAAAUCUUCUUAAAAGGGACAAUAGAUACAAACAGUUAAAGGUCAUGGAUAAAGAGAACCUUCUCAUUUAUUGCUGCAGUGAUGGAAUACUCAAUGAUCUAGAUGGAAUAGAAUUACUACCACUGCAGAACCGAAGAUAUAAGACUUUUCAAGCAAAAUCAAGAGGAUAUCUGGAAAGUAUCUACCUAUGUGAAAAGGAAGAAUUGGAGAUACUGAUUGGGAAGGAGGGACAUUUAGUUAUGAGCACCUCAUGCAAAGUUGGAAAAGUUUUAAAUUUCCUUGCUACCUCGGAUCACUAUUCUUUCCAAAGACUGCAUCGAAAUGCCUGCAUUCAAUUUUUGAAGGAAAUUGUUCACGCACAGAGACAAACAGUUGGAAAUCCAUUAUUUCUAAAAGGUAGUAGUGCCAUUUUUGGAGAGUAUUGGUUGAAAAAAGUAUGGAAAUAUCUAAAGACCCACUGCCAACAGUCUUUGGAUCCAGUUCGAGAUCUCUGUAUAAUGAAAACAAAAGAAUCAGACAGCCUGAAAAACGUAUCUGACUCAUUUCUUUGUGAUGCUGACAUGGUUGCAUCUGGGAUAGAUAUCUUGGCAUAUUUCAAGAUUUGGAUUGUAGAUAUGGUAUUUCAUGAUCAUCCAUUAAUUGCAACUGGAAAAGGAAUUGUGGUAGAUUGUACAGAUGAUGGGAAAGUAAAGCUAUUACAGCACAACAUAAUGAAUGGGAUCAAUUCAUUUAACAGUAAUUCUUGUCCCAAUACCAAAAGAGAAUGGUUCAAAGAUUUCUUACCUUUGACUCUACCAAUGCCACUGGCUUCCCAUUUAAGCAGUCUGAAAAUGUUCAAAUGCUAUUCUAGUGCCGAGGUAACUAGUCAGUUUCAAUACACAUCUUUAGAACAGUGCCAUGACGUUUAUGUUGGAGAUAGAGAUUUCCCAAUUGAAUUUCCUACCAAUAUGAUUUUGUCAAUGACCAGAAAAGAAGACAAACUACUUUCAGAACUUUCUGCUACUAAGAUUGAUCUGACUGACUGUAUACAGAAAUGCUUGAAAAAAUUCAGUAAAGAACAUCUUCCGCUGAAUGAGGAAAAGAAACGUAGGUUUUGUUUUUAUGUUUUAGAAAAGCAGUCUGAACUUAGAAACUGGUGGAAGAUCCAGACUGACUUGAAUACAGUCAAGUUUAUACAAAAUGGAACAGCACAUCUUUGCUCUGCUAGUGAACUUUAUGAUCCAAGCAAUACACUGCUUACAGAACUUUUUCUUUUGGAAAGCAAAUUUCCUAAAGAGGAUGGAAGAAAAAUGGAUUUAUUGAAGCAUUUGCCAUUUCAGAGCAAUAACAGUGACCCAGCAUUUAGAAAUGAUAUUAUAGAAACAUGCCAUGAAGUUGAUUCAAAGAUACAGAUGGAAAACGUUAAACAGAGAAAGUCAAAGGCACUCCUACAGAUCUUUAGACAAAUGCCAAACGUCUUUACAUCCGUAUUGCACUCAAUAUCCAGAUGCAAAAUAUUGCCAUUUAAGCAGGUCAGAAAUGUGCAUUAUCCCAAGUCAAUGAAAUGGUAUUCAGAUGCUGGAAAUUUUGUCUCAUUAGAGAUGAUCUACAGUUCAACAUUCGAAUAUGUUGUCGGAUCUGUUCUUCCAGUAUCCACCAGAGAAUGGGAAGAUCACAUUUCGUCUACCAAAACACCACCACUGAAAUCUGUGAUUCAGCAUUUUGAACAAGUCACCAAGUGCUAUUCUGAGAAUGAACAUGUAGAGUACAGCUUUAUCAUGAAAGAAGUUUAUCAAUGUUUAGCUAGAGAAAAUUGGAACAGGUCUGGCCUACAUUUCCCACAAUACUGUGUAUUAACAGAAUUUGGAUUUGUGCAAGCAACCGAUGUCUACGUUGAGCGUAGCAGAACAGAUAUAGACUUAGAACCCUACUACAUUCCUUUACCAAAAGAAUAUAGUUCACUUAGAGGAUUUUUUGAGAAAGUGGGUUGCAACCAAAAACAGUCAACUUCUUUGUUGGUCAAGACUUUGUACAAAAUAAAAAAGAAGUGGAAUGACCAAAGAAAUUUGAUGGAUCUAAAUCAAGACUUAUGCAAAGUAGAAAGGCUUCUGAGGAAGUUAUCAGAGUGCUCAGAGGAAGAUUUGUCUGAAAUCAGAGAAAAUAUUAUCGUACCGAUUCACAGUGAAGAUUCAAACACUAUAGCAUUUAAGAAUGCUCAAGAAUGUGCAUAUUCAGAUUCAGACUGGUUCAGCAAAACAUUCACAGAUGAAGAUAAUAUUUGUCUUAUUCAUGGAAAAAUUGAGAAAACAGUUGCCAAAAAGCUUGGGGUGAAGUCACUGAAACAAUUCACAUUAUCAGAUGCUGAGGAAAUUUACUCAGAAUUUGGACAGUCAGAACCAUUAACUCAACGCUUGAGUCGACUUCUAGAGGAAGGAUAUACGGAUGGCCUUUCUGUCCCUAAGGAACUGAUUCAAAAUGCUGAUGAUGCUGGAGCGUCUGAAAUCUAUUUUUUAUAUGAUGAGAGAGAGAAUGAGGAAGCCAGAACUUGUCUUUUAGACUCUGGAAUGAAAGGAUGUCAAGGACCUGCAUUGUGGGCAUUUAAUGAUGCAGUUUUCUCAUCCAAUGACUUUGAAAAUAUACAGAAACUUAGUGGUGCAACUAAGAAAGAAGACACGACUAAGAUUGGGAAGUUUGGCCUUGGUUUCAAUGCAGUGUAUAACUUAACAGAUGUUCCCAGUUUUGCAAGUGGAAAACACCUAGUGUAUUUAGAUCCACAUGGAACAUAUUUAGGAGAGGCCAUAUCACACGAAAAAAGUCCAGGAAUUAAGCUGAAUCUUCACAACAAAACCAUGCUUCGGAAACUUGAAAAUCAGUUCAAACCAUUUGAAAAAGUAUUUGGGUUUCAAUCAUCAAAGUUUUCUGAAAACAAAGGUUACAAAGGAACGUUAUUCAGAUUUCCUUUACGGACAAAACAGCAGGCCCUAACUAGUGAAAUCUGUAAUAAGGAAUACUCAAGGACUGAAAUGAACAAACUUCUAGAAAUGUUCUGCAAAGCUAGUGGGAAUAUGCUCCUUUUCACACAGAAUGUAAAGAAAAUAAAACUGUAUCAUCUGGGAAAAAUAAGUUCAAAUCCUGACAUGGACAUGCAACUAGUACUUGCUGUUGAGAAAGACGAAGAAAAUGGAAAUUCAAUGAAAAAGAGUGAUGAAAAUAUAUUGACUGCUGCUUCAAGACAUUUGAACAGAUGGGAACAUUCAUCCAAGUUUUUACCAACUUGUAUUACAAAAAUUCAAGUUUCCAGCAAAGGGCAUGCAUGGACUGACAAGAGUUUACCAUUUAAGGAAGAAACCAAAUGGUUAAUUACAUGGGCGCUUGGAACCAAAAAGUCUAUGAAACUUUUUAAAGAGAAGAAAAGUGAUGGAGCACUUCCCAUAGCCAGUGUAGCAAUUCCAGUAGAAACAGCAAACAAUAGAUUUUCACCUUUGUGUCUUGGUGGAAAGACUCGAUCUUUUGAAAAGUAUGGAUUUUAUGAGACAGGUCAUCUUUUCUGCUUUUUGCCACUGCCAAUAAAAACUGCUAUGCACUUCCAUGUGAAUGGCAGUUUUGCUGUUUCAUCGGAUCGCCAACGGUUGCUGAUAAAAACUGAAGAUGAUAAAGAAAUCACUAAGCAGUCAAUCUGGAACGAAUGUCUUGUAAACGAUGCUACUGUAGAGGCUUUUUUGGAGCUUUUAGUAGUUGUUCACAAAACCUCAACAGAGGAUGAUGCACUCUAUGAAUUGUGGCCAACAGAGAGUUAUGACAGCUUUUGGCAGACAUUUCAAAAUGAGUUUUUCAGAUCAAUUGUACAGCGUGAAUUGCCUUUGUUUAAGACAAAUCUUGGAUAUAGGAAUUUUCAGGAUUGUUUGUUUCUGCAUAAAGACUUGAAAUCAGACAAACAGUUGAGCCAAAUUGCCUUUGAUAUUUUGAGAGAAAUUCACUUGUAUGGAAAGAUCAUUACUGAGAUUCCAAAUAAUGUAUACAGAGAAUUAGAAAAAUGCCUAGGUGCGGCUUUCAGUGAACAUGUGGUGACAUACGAAAAAUUCAUUACUGAGUGUUUUCUCCCAAACAUUUCACGUUUCAAUGGGGAGAAGUACGACAAUGUUGUUUUAGGCGCAAUACGAUCAAAAAAUGCUCUUAUUAUUGCAGCAUUGAAAGAAACUGAAUGUAUCACAACAUCCCCCAGUGGUAUUAGAAAGUCUCCAAAGAGCCUUGUUCAUCCUCGCUCGUCUGUUUCCGGAUUAUUUUUAACAGAGGACGAAAGAUUUCCAGUAGAUUUGUUCUGCAGAGAAGAUGACUUGGAAAUACUUGUUAGACUUGGAAUGAUGAAGUUUGAAAUUCCAUUUGAGAUUUUGUUGUUGCAAACAAGAGGAGUUAAUGAUUUAUCAACAGUCUGUUCUGAAUGUGCAUUGUUGCGUUCAAGAGAAAUUGUGAGAUAUGUUCAUCGGAUGGUUCCAAAAAUCCCAAAUGAGAUUAUCAAUCAAAUGUCCGAUAUAAAGUUUCUACCCGUUGCAGGGAAACCAGAUAAUUGGACCAUUAGAUGGUACAACGAAACCUCGGUGCAAGAGAAAAUACAAGUCAAUUGUAAAACGCACAAAAACCAGACACGCGAUAUUGAACUGUUUGAAAAACCUAUCAACUUGUAUUUUUCGUCCGUACACAAAUUGGUGGGGUGCUCUCAGUAUGUGAUUGCAAGAUAUGAUCUAUAUCGAUUUUAUGAGAAGGAACUGCAGUCACUUGGUGUCAAAAAUGAAGAUGAUAUUGAUACAGAAACUCUUAAACGUCAACUGUGUGAAAUUACGAAAAUGCCAGGAAAUGCCCAAAAUAAAGAUAUAGAAGACAUUUGCUUUGAUAUUUAUAACCUUUUUGCAAAGAAAAUGGUAGAGCCAGACGUGAAACACUUCAUUCAAACUGAGUUGUCAGAUCUGCCCAGCAUUAUCACUGAGAAGAGUUUUGUGUUUCCAAAACAAGUAAUUUUUUCCUUAAUGCACGAUUGCAGUCCUCACUUUUAUGGCUUAAGAUCGAAAUAUGCCAGUCGUUUUUCUUCUUUGAUGGAAACUCUUGGGGUUAGAAAAUCAUUUGAGCCUAAAGACAUUAUUGAUGCAUUGCUGAAAAUCAAAGAACAUCAUGAUCAUGGUUGUAAACAAUUGUCAGAUAAUGAUUUGGGAUUAGUUUGUAGGAUAACAACACUCUUUGAAAAUUUUCCAUGCAUCCCGACGGAGAAUCUUUUCCUGCCAGAUUCUAGUAAUGUAUUUUGUAAUGUGGAAGAUUUGUGUAUUGACGACUUUGACUGGAUAACAACAACGUCGUCAAUGAAAUUUCUUAAUGCUGCAAUAUCUCUUAAAGUCGCAAAAUUGGCAGGAAUCAAAUCAAAAAGAGAUCAGAGCAUUUUAAAUGAUUCUGAAGACCUCGGUGAUGAGUUUGGGCAACAUGAGGAACUGACAAAUCGAAUCAAGCGUAUUUUGGAUGGAUAUCCAAAGGCAUGCAUACUAAAGGAACUUCUUCAAAAUGCUGAUGACGCUGGGGCAACUGAGUUGCAUUUUAUCAAGGACUUUCGGUUUCAUGGAACGGAACAUACAUUUAGUGACAAUUGGAAGGAUUUGCAAGGCCCAGCCCUCUGUGUGUAUAAUGACAGCAUUUUCACAAACAAAGAUUUGAUAGGGAUUCAGAAAUUAGGAAUUGGAAGUAAAGGAGAGGAUCCCACUUCUACGGGUCAGUAUGGUGUUGGUUUCAAUGUUGUAUACCAUCUCACAGACGUUCCAUCUUUUUUGACAAGAGAUUUACAGCUUGCCUUGGAUACCUUGUGUAUACUAGACCCUCAUAGAAAAUACAUUACAUGUUCCUCUGCAGCCAAGCCUGGCAGGAAAUUCCAAAAUGCAUCAGAAACUGUGAAAAAAAGGUUUAAGGACAUUAUGCCAUGCUACUUGGAGAACAGUGGGAUUUGGAAAUCUUCGAGUGGAACUUUGUUUCGAUUUCCACUUCGUCGAAUUGCUGACUCCUCCCUAUCCCAGAAACAGAUUACUUGUCAAGAAUUAGAUACACUAUUAAAUGAAUUGAGAAAAGAAAUGGCCGAAUGUCUUUUAUUCCUACAUAAUGUAAGAAAAAUUUUGGUUUCGUCAGUGAAAGAAGAUGGUACACUGAAAAUGGAAUUCAGUGUCACAGCAGAAGUUUCAAACAAAUUACAGAAAGGAACAAGCUUGCAUGAAUUGGUGCGUAAUGUACGAGAACAAAUGAAGGAAAACCCAUUAUAUGCUUGCGAAGUGGAUAGAAAAGAGAUAAAGUACCAUUUGAAUAUCAAUAUAAAUGAGAAAUUCAUUGAGGAGUGGCUUGUUAUCGCUGGGUUCGGAUUUUUUGAUAAAAAUGCUAUCCCUGAAAAAAUUAAGUUAGCAUAUGAGGGCAGACAACUUGCCUUGUUGCCAAGCUGCGGUGUAGCAUUCAAUCUGAAGAAUAAAAGGAUAUCAAGAGUUCAAGAUGUAGCAAAGUCUUCUACACUUGUACCAUUAUAUCAUUGCAGAGCAUUCUAUUUCUUACCGUUACCUGUGCAUACUGGCUUACCAGUCCAUAUCAAUGGACAUUUUGCUUUAGAUCAUGAAGCACGUCGCAAUAUAUGGUGGCCUGAUGAUAAAAUAUCAGAUGAUUUAAAAUUGGAAUGGAACAGAUGCUUGAUUGAAAGUGUUAUUGUACCAACAUACAUAUCACUUCUUGAAUAUUUGAGAACAACACUGUUCCCGGAUAUUAUUUCAAGAAAGCCAUGGAAACAGUUGGAAAAGUUUCACAAGGCAUUUCCUUAUAUACAUGAUUUAAAGGACAAAAUAUGGGCAUUUGCGGCAAAGGUUUUAUACAAUCGAAUUGCAAAAGGUAACUGCUGUGUAUUUCCAAUUGUUCGGAGAGACUACCAGAUGUUAGAAAUGGCAGAUGCUAAAGACAAAGACGACCACAUGCAACCGGAAGUGGAGCAUAAUACUGAAACUACUAAUACCAACAAAACAGUUCUACAAGAAGAACCACUAGAAAUCAAGUGGGUGUCUAUAAUGUCGGGCUCAUUUCCUGCUUACUUUGAUGAAAUAAAGUUUCAGUUGAGGAAUGAUUUUCAAAGACAGAAUUAUGAUGCAUUUCAUCGACAAACCUAUUCAGAAAUGAUGCUUUUGGCAACAACACAUUCAGAAUUUGUAGCAGGUGUUCUUAAAGACCUUGGAAUGAAACUUAUUGAAUCUCCAAUGUGGUUAUACAACAGUAUGAAACAUACAGAUGCUGAUGUCCAGGCUAUUACUCCCAAAGCAGUGCUACAUUUUUUGAAAUCUUACGUUUCCACUGAGAUUGACAGUUGUAACAUUGAGAAAGUGGGUGUACAUGUGUCAGACACAAGAUUUCGAAAUAUUGAUGGAGUGUACUUUAUCCUUCAUUACUGCCUAAGAGAUGACAAGUUGAAUACUGCAGAUUUCAAAGGCGUCCCUCUUCUUCUUACGACAGAUCAGCAAAUCCAUGAAUUCCGGCAAGAUGCGUGUGUGCUUUUAACAUCAUAUCCUGCUUUGUUGCCAACAUCUGCAAACAAAAUUGCACAUCUUUCACAACUUCAAAUGUUAACAGAAAUCAAAUUGUUUCAAACAUUUGUGAAAAAUCUUGAAAUUGAGGACUUUUCUGACCUUGUUUCGAAUAAUGUUCCAAAAACGUAUUUGAGAAAGACGAUAGAGGUUUGGAAUCCACAGUCUAAUGAUAUUCCAAAUGCAAGAUGGAUCAAAAUAUUUUUGUGUUUUCUUUCCGAAAACUUGACCUGUAUUGAAAACAAAAGAAGAUAUUCACAAAAAAAGAAAAAGAAAAACAAGGAGGAAUCUCCUUUAGUUACAGUUUGCAGAAGUAUUCAAAUGCAUUUAGGGGGGUGUAGUUUCCUUCCUGUGAAGCUAAAUGAUGAACACAGAUUGUAUCCCUUAAAAUGGGCAAAGCAUGUACUGAAAAUAAUACCGGAUAUUGAUGGACCUGAGCAAUUAGCGUUAGCAACGUUGAAUGUACCAGUGGUGUAUGAAAGCUGUUUCCCAUCUGCUAAAGAAGGAUACUACCCCGCAGAGCAGCAUACAUUAGAGAUCAUCAAAUGUUUAGUGGCUACAGUGGAAAGUGUCAAAGAUACACUGGAUUGUGUCUAUGCUAACAGAGAGUGUUUGAAACUGGAAAAUGAGGCUCGUGAUAUUGUGUUGGAAUAUUUUGCUAGACAUAUUGGAAAUUUUAGAGAUGAUGCCAACUGCCAGAUGAAACUCAAGUGUUUGCCAUUUUAUUCUGGUUUGGACAAGGAUUUUGUACCUUUAUCAGAUGGCACAAACAUCGUACUGCCUGAUGAUAUUCCUCUUAAUGGUCUGAGUGAAUUUGGUAGACAAACUACGUUAGUUUUCAUCAGAAGAAAUGAUGUUUCAUUAUAUUUCUUGAAGUAUCUAGGUUGUGUAACAAUGUCACAAACUAAGUUUUACAUAAAUUAUGUACUUCCGCAUUUCAAGAACUUGCCAUCAACAGCGAUAAUGCAGCACUUGAAAUUUAUCAAAGAUAUUAUUUUGCAUGAACUGGAAUACUCUCCAGAUGAAGAUGACAAGGCAAUGUUAGAAUCAUUGGAAUAUUUACUGAAGAACACUGCUUUUCUUCCUACAUGCUCUAACAGGUUAGCAUGUGCAUGUGAAUUCUACAAUCCACACAAGGAUAUUUUCAGAGUUGAAAACCAACUAUGUAAUUCAAUCGAACUUCCCCUUGCCCCAUUUAAUGAACCAGAAUGGGAAGAUUUUUUGGUGCAUUGUGGGAUGAAAAGCAAGAUUACACCACAGAUUUUUAUAGAAUUUGCACAUCGACUGCAAACGUUAGGGGAGAAAUUAGGCCUUUCCCCAAUAGUUGUGAAUAAUUCUAAGACCAUGGUGACUAUUCUUUUUUCAAAUGACUAUGAACUGUUAAGAAAUGCUUCUUGUAUGCAAGGAAUUCAGAAUAUUCGGUUUCUCAUUCCUCAUUCAGUACCUCAAAUUUAUUCAACAUUUGCCCAGCAGUUUGAAAAUGGAAGGAGGCUUAUUUGUUUCUGUGAGUCAACAGUGGCUGCAAAUGAUCUCCUAGUUUGGUCGGUGAUGGGAAUCAUUUCAGAGGAUAUUACUUCAAGUGUGAUGCGCAAGUCAGAUAUUGCCAUAGCAGCAAAAACGUUGAGACUUUCUGAACUUCCUCCGAUUCAUUUAGUGAUAGAGCACACAAGAAUUGUAUGCAGUGCACUCCAAUAUAAGUUGACAGAACUACUUGCUCAAGAUACAAAAGUUGAGGAGGCAGUCACAAGAAUGAUGAAUAGUAUCUACAUGUAUCUGCGGAAGCAUGGAAAUGAUGAGUCCAUGAGGUUGUUGAAGAUUGUUCCAUUUAUCUUUAUCAAAGACAGAAAAUUGCUAGUUUUACCUGAACAGGUUGUCUUGGAUAUCAGCAUGCAUGAAGAGAUACCUCCAUAUUUAUGUAAGGCUCCUUUGUAUUUUGGACAGUUUCAUUCUCUGUUUGAAGCACAUGGAGCAUCACAAUUUCUAACAUGCAGUCAUUUGGCCAAAGUAUUGCACAAAAUCUGGGAAAAGUCCAAAGGCAAGUUGUUGGAACCAAAUGAAAUGAAGAGUACAGAAAAGGCGGUACAGAUUUUGUUUUCUAAGCUUAAAUUAGAAAAAGCAGUUGAUUUGAAAGUAACAACCUUGUAUCUACCAAGCAAAAACAAGAACUUGAUUCGCAGUGAUUCUUUAGUGUUUGUUGAUAACAAACUUCUAGAAGAGAGAAUUGGGAACAACAUGCCAGAUAUGGAUUUCUUUGUGGGAUUCAAAGAAUUAAAAAUAGAUGUUCAUGACCCUGUGUUUGAGAUAAGUCAACUACCAGAGAAUCAUAGACCUCGUUUGCUGUCAAAAGUUGUGACUGAGCAAUUAGAUUCUGAAUGUAAGAACUGGAUAAUUCCUUCAGAUCAUGGGCGAAAAUUGCAGGGAUUCCUGCACAGUCGUGAGUUUAUCACUGGUGUUUAUAGACUGGUCAGAGAUGAACUUUACAAUAAUGACAAGAGUUGUGGGGAAAAGGAGGCGAUAGAAAUUCAGAACAAAAUAGAGUCUGUGUUUGUAGUUUGUGUCGAGAGACUCGCAACAGUUAUGGUAUUCAAGAACAAAGAACUGUCCAAUACUUCUAAACAAAGAAUGUUGUUCUCUGAGGAGGAACUUGGCGACAAUGAUUCUUCAAAAUUAUGCAUAUAUUUCAAAAUAGUUGAAGACACAAAAAUUCAGGUUUGGAUAAAUGACAUUGCCAAAAAGGUAUCAAGUAGCUUGAAUGCAUACCUUGGAAAACCUUUGAAAGAAAACCAUAUUCAUUUGCCAGAUGUACUCAAGUGUAUGCAAGAUCCUAGUGCAAUAGAUAAAGAGCUUGAUAGCUUAGAAAUUCGAAAACUUGAAGAAAACAUGUCAGCGUUUCUUCCAUUCAUGCCAGAACUGGGUUCAGAAAUCCCAGUCUUGUUGCAUCAUCUUCUUGAUAAUUCAUGCACAUAUAUUGAGCCCGGAGAAUAUGUGGCAUAUGAAUUGUUUGAUCCAGUUAUUGACGAAGAUGAUGGUUGUAAUACAGAACCUGUAUACAUCUUGGCAAAAGUGCAAGAAACGAUGUCUAACCGCCCACUAAAUUGCCCACAUGCUGAUGAAUGGAGCAUCUGCUAUCUGAUAGAUGUGGGGAAUGAAAAUCUGAUUGAAGUUGUUGCGUCAAAAGUAUAUAAAUUCAUUCGAUCUGACAUAACUGACGGAAAUGUUGAUGUAGUAGAUGGGGCUGUAGUUUUUAGAUGGAAUAAUGACAGAGUAAAGAGUUACAUCAGAGAUGUUCUGAGAAAUGCAUUUAGAAGGUCAGACCAGGAAUUAAAGAGAGCAGCAAAACGACUUCUACUUCAGUAUCAUCCUGACAAACAUCAGGACAACAAAGAUUAUUUUAAGGAAUUGACUCAGUUCAUUUACUUCAUUAAGAGCAGACUAGAACAAGGUGAAUCAGUUGAUGAUAUCGUAAUAUUUGAAGCCUUUAACAACCAACCAUACGUACCAACAUCAAGGUUUGCAGAAACAUGUCAUAAUCGUGGGAAAUCUCAUGCAAGAUAUCAGCGGGAUUACAACGCCCCUGCAGGAGGAAGCAGUGGUUUCUUCAACAGUUUCUAUUCAAGAGGCUCCCAACCUGGGCAGGCGAGGAGGUGGUUCCGGCAAGCAGAAGCUGACUAUCGAGCUUCCGUUUCUGAUACUCAUCAGUCUGAUGCUUAUAACUGGGCGUGCUUCAAGUGUCAUCAGUCUGCAGAGAAAGCUCUCAAAGCGGUGUUGUACCAGAUUGAUGCCGAUCGAGUCGAUCGCACCCACAGCUUGAGUGCAUUGGUCCAUGGGAUUGAUGAUGUUGAAUUAUCAAGUAUUGCGUAUCGUAUGGAAGGAAUAACUGGGAAUUAUUUCCAGAUGCGUUAUCCAGAUGCCGUUUCUGGGAAUGGAAUGGCCAUUCCCUCUGAUAUUUACACUUCAAACCAAGCAGCAGAAGCAAAUGAAUGUGCAGGGAAGAUUCUUCAACUUGUUAGACAGAAGAUCCCUAAUCUUUGAAAAGAUUCAGACACUGGGCUGAAUAGUGUGUUAAAGUUUGUGUUUUCAAAACCUGGAGAGAUUCUUGUAAAACCUGUAUGAAAAUCGGCCAAAAUGCAAGGAACUGUAUGGGUUGACUUUAUAAUAAAAUAUACUGUACAUAACCUUCGAAAAUCAUGGCAUUCGUACUGUAUAACUGAAGACGAUUUCUAUCUUUUUAUAUUGUAAAUAUUUUAAAGUAAUGUUGAAUGUACACCUGUAUGUAAUAUAUUUGUCUAUAAAUUGGUUAAUUGUACACUAGUACUGGAUACGACGAGGCGAUGCAUUGUAAACAUACGUAUAAGUCACUGUCCUUGCAAUGUACUUUGUUUAUAAAUCACUGUUAAUGCUAAGUGAUUUAUACGUAAAUAACAAGAUACGAUGUACUUUGUUUAUAAAUCACUGUAAAUGCUAUUUCGUUUGUGUAUAAAUCGCUGUUCCUAUGAUGUAAUUUGAUUAUAUAUCACUGUCCUUGCGAUAUACUUGGUUUAUAAAUCACUGUUAAUGUUAUUUCCUUUGUUUAUGAAUUACUGUAAUGUUAUGCUCUUUGUUUAUGAAUCACAAGAUACGAUGUACUUUGUUUAUGAAUUACUGUUAAUGUUAUGCUCUUUGUUUAUAAAUCACUGUUAAUGCUAUUUGCUUUGUUUAUUUAUCGCAGUUCUUGUGAUGUACUUUGUUUAUGAAUUACUGUUAAUGCUAUUUGCUUUGUUUAUUUAUCGCAGUUCUUGUGAUGUACUUUGUUUAUGAAUUACUGUAAUGCUAUGCUCUUUGUUUAUGAAUUACUGUAAUGCUAUGCUCUUUGUUUAUAAUUUACUGUAAUGCUAUGCUCUUUGUUUAUAAUUUACUGUAAUGCUAUACUCUUUGUUUAGGAAUCACAAGAUACGAUGUACUUUGUAAAUGUUAUUUACUUUUUUUAUUUAUCGCUGUUCCUGUGAUGUACUUUGUUUAUAAACUGUUGAUACGAUGUACUUUGUUUAUAAACUGUUUAUACGAUGUACGUUGACUAUAAAUCACCAUCAAUACUGCAUUGUAUGAAUAGUGUACUUUGUUUGUGAAUCACUCUUGAUACAAUAUACUUUGUAAGGAUAUUAAUGUGUAAGUAAAAUAAAUGAAAGAAAGGUUA